AUGCCUGAUACAGUUGUCACGGGAUUGCCGACACCUCCUCCUUCCAUCAUACGCCCUCGUUUUAAGCUCUCCGAGCUCCCUGUUGCUAGAGACAAACGCAUAGCGAUUGACAAUCUCAACUACGCAUUCAAGAAGAAGGGCGGAUUUGAUAGUCUUCGCAAGAAGAUAUGGGCUGAGUUUACUUCUUCGGACGGGAAGAAAAACCUCACCUCUCGCAUCCAUGAAGCCGCUGAAGCGGAAGUUGACCAGGAUCCUAAAAUCCUCAGUCGCGAACGCGGCACGGCUGCCACGUUGAUUGAAGGCGCUGUCGAUCGAAGAGGCGUUUACAAAGAUGUCGAGUCCGAAAUUGAUCAACUGCUUACUAUGCAUGUCGACCAUUACUUGGAAAUUCUACGAUCGAUCCGGAAGGCUGAAGUUGGAGAGGAGAAAGCUGCAGAAGAAGAGCGCAUAGGGAGCAAGACUGACGAAGAUUACGCAAAGGAGUUUGAGGCAAAGGCUGCUGAGAGGGAGAAGAAUCGUGCAAAGCUGGCAGACUUGGAUAGGCAGAUGGAGGAGAUCAAGAGGAAGCUGAUGGAGGCUGAGGAGAAGAAACGUAGAGAGGCGCAGAAGAAGAAGGAGGAAGAGGAUAGGAAAAAAAGGGAGGCAGAGGAGGAACGUAGAAGACUCGACCGAGAGAGAAGACGCGAAGAGGAAAGGAAAUAUGAGGAGCAGCGUGAGAAGGAGCGAGAAGAGCGUCGGAGGCGGAGGAGGGAGGAAGAAGAGGCACGAGAGGAAGAUUAUCGGCGUAGGCGGGAAGAAAGAGAGCGAGAGCGAGAGCGCGAUCGCGAACGAGAAAGGGAUCGAGAUCGAGAUCGAGGACGGGACAGGCUACGUGACCGAAGUCACAGAGAUUCCCCUUACCACAGCAGCCGAUACGUUGAUGAACGGAAGAAUUCGAAUGCAGCUACACCUAAGGACAAGAGCGCCAGUGAUGGUGCACCACUUGAUGAGAAAGCUUUGGACGACAUUGCUUUGGAGCUGCUUUUAAAUGAAAGCAAGGCGCUCGCAGGCAAAUCACGGCCCAAGCACGAAUUUGACUUCGAAAGAGCCGAGGCUGCCGAGUCAAGCGGGCGCAAAGCAGCUAUGGUCGAGCGUCUCAGGCGAACCGACAGAUCCAGAGAACGAGACAGCAAGCGUAGAGAUACGUACGAUGAUAAGAGAGACCGAAAACGAAGUCGCAGUCGAUCCAGAGACCGACAUAGAUCUUCGAGGACUGAUGAUGAACGUCGCGCAGAGAUUGAGUAUCAAAAACAGAAAGAACGGCAGGAGCGCGAGAAAGAAGCAAAGGCAUACUUGAAAGGCGAGAGUCAAGCUGAUGCUGCGAGUGUUGCUGGCAGUCAUGGUAGUCAAAGCAAGACCCGGGAGGAAGGGGAGUACCUUCAAGAGGCGAAAUCGCCAUCUUCUAGCCACCGCAGGAGCUAUCGCGAUGACGACCGGGACAGGCGACACAGCUAUCGAGAUCGUGACGAGAGGGAGGAAGCGAAAAGGUCUCGGAUCCUGAGGUCGGCAUCACCCUUCAACAUCGAUCGAUACGUGCCUGGAGGUGGCAUCCAUCGCGGCUCACGCUCAAAGGAGGUUGAAACGGAUCGAGACAAGGAGAGACCAAAGUACCGCGAACGAGAUCAUGAUAGAGAGCGCGAAAGAGACCGUGACGACUACAAAGAGCGGAGGCGAGACCGUGAAACGGAGCGUGACGAUUACAAGGACCGAAGACGAGAUGGCGAAAGCUAUAGGUCUCAUGAGCGGACACGGGAUCGAGACCGAGACCGAGAUCGUGAUCGUGACCGUGACCGUGAUGGCGAACGAGACAGAGAGCGCAGCCGCAGUCCUCACAGGCGAGGUCGAGAGGAACGGUAUCGUGACCGACGCGAAGGCGGUGACAAUAGAGAUAGCGAAAGACGACGAACCGCUGUACCGAUUGAUCGAUAUGUCCCGGGGAGGUAA